UGAGUUUCUGACAAAGUCACUAUAAUCAUCCAAUCAAACGCCGCAUCGGAGAUUACUGGGGAUUUUGAAUUCUCAGCAGCAUUUUGUCUUUCGGAGCGAAAUCUCAAGAACCAGAAUCACCGCUUUUAGGAUAUGCCGGUUGAGGCUUAACGUAGCUAGCUACAGAUAUUGAAGCAUUAUGAGCUGGGUAGUGGAGGAGUGGAAAGAUGGUCUUUCAGGUAAAGCCCUGCAGAAGAUACAAGAGAUUGAGGGACAGCUGGACAAGCUGAAGAAGGAGAGGAAUCAGAAACAGUUCCAGCUCGACUCACUGGAGGCUGUUCUACAGAAACAGAAACAAAAGGUUGACAGCGAGAAGAGCGAGGCGUCUGCCAUUAAGAGGGAGAACCAGGCCUUGGUAGAGUCAUGUGACGCCGUGGAGAAGGCCCGUCAGAAGGCGACCCACGACCUGGGGGUCAAAGUGCAACAGGUCAGCAACCUGGAGGGUCAGCUCAGCACCAGCAAGAAGACCAUAGAACGACUGGAGCAGGAACUCAAGAAAUAUAAGAAUGAAAAGGACCGUUGUCAGCCCUCCCACUCCUCUGAUCUUCAGUCCUACAGCACUCCUCAGAAGACCUUUGCCACUCCUGCUGCUACUCCCAGCUACAGACAGCAUGACUCCAGGCUGGAGGACCUUCAGGAGAGAUACAACCAGGAGGUGGAAGAGAGGAAGAGACUGGAAGCCGAACUGAAAAUCACACAGGUCAAACUGUUGAACCAGUCGUCCGUCAGUCAUAAGGACAUUGCCACCCGGCAACAAGCAGGCUCCUCCAUAUUCCCAUGGCAACAGCAAGACAAGGGCCGCCAGUCCCAGGGCACCAUUGAAACGCCCCUGGCUAGGCGGGCAGGGGGCGGGACAUCCGCUGGCGGCUUCCUGUGGAACACGGAGGAUACACCAAUCAAAUCCACCCAGCGAAUCAGCACAUCUGUAUCCCAGUUUGAUUCUGAUGGCUCCUCCCAGCAGAUGGAACAGCUGAGGAUGCUGAAUCAAGAGCUGAAGAGUAAAGUGUCUGAGCUGGAGCAGCGUCUGCAGUCACAGGAGAAGGACGCGAGGAUGCAGAGCGGCAGGCUCCAGGAGCUCCAAGGCCAGCUGGACCAGGCUAGGAGAGACCUGACCGACAGAGACAAGACCCUGGGCAAGAGCAGAGAUGAACUAAGCAAGGCUACCACUCAGCACGAACAAGCUGUCGCCAAGUGUGUGUCAAUGGAGCAGAAAUUGAAACAGGUCUCUGAGGAGAUGUCCUGCCAGAGGCACAACGCUGAGAGCUGCAGACGAGCUCUGGAACAGAAGGUCAAGGACCAGGAGAAGGAGAGCCAGAAGGAGCUGUCCCACCUCCAGAGCAGCCACCACUCCCUAGAGCAGCAGUUUAACCAGACCAAGACCAAGCUGAACCAGGAGAUACAGCAAGCCAAGAAAGACCACAACAUCCUGCAGGCUGAGAUGGACAAGGUGUCAUGCCAGAGGAGCCAGCUGGAGAGAGACCAGGAGGAGCAGAAACAGAAGUUGCUGAGGUCAGAACAGAGCCAACAGGCCAGCCAAAACAAGGAGCAGGACCUCAGGAAGAAAUUUGAGGAGCUGCAGAGAGAGAAGAACACUGUGAGCGCCCAGCUGGACCAGGGUAGCAAGAGGCUCUCUCAGCUGGAGGAGGAGAAGAAGAGCGCAGAGCAGAACCUCAAACGCACCCAGAGCAUGCUGGAUGACUUCAGAGCCAAAAAUGAAGCCCAGUCCGAAGAGCUGAAAGGACUUGUCACUAAACUGGAAAGCCAGACCAGAUCGUCAGCCCAAGAUCUAGAGAACCUAAAGAAAACGCUCACAGACGCAGAGACCAAGAAUGACAAGACUCAGAGUGAACUGAAUAUCCAAAAACAGGAAGUGGAACAGAUCACAAACAAACACAGCGCUCUGGAGAAGGAGAUCCAGGAACUGAAGACAACCCUGACCACCACUCAGGGCGAGUUUGUGCAGCUGAAGAAAGAGAACGAGACACUUCAGGGAUGGAAAACGGAGAAGGAGACGCUCGUUAACGAGACUGAGGCUGUGCAGCAAGGCUUAGUCGACAAAAUCACUGAGCUGGAGAAGAGUCUGGGCUCGUUGAAUGACGAUAAAAUAGGUCUACAGGAGCAGCUGAAGACUCUGGAGGCUGAGAAGGCUUGUCUAUCAGGGCAGAUCGAUUCCCUGAAGGGAGAACUCCUCAACAAGUGUACCGACCUGGAGGAGAAGGGCUGCAUGUACGAAGAGCUCCAAAAACAGCUGAAGGAGUCUGACCAGAAACACUUAAAAAACCUGGAGACCGUUGGGUUGCAGAUGACCCAGCUUGAAGGACAAGUGAAGGAUCUGGGGUCCAGGCUGCAGGUGGAGACUGGCAGGGCGGAGCGGGCCGAAAUGUUUCACACUGAGCUCCAGGAGCAGUACCAGGCGGCCUGCGACCUGGCCCGGUCCAAAGAUGCUCUGGUGGAGUUAGGCCAGAGCGAUGUAGCCCAGCUCAGGGAGAGUCUGGCUCAGACCACAGCCCUACAGGAGGAACAACUGGCCAGAUUUACCCAGGAGAAGACCUCCCUCCUGAAGGAGUGUGAGGAAAGCGUAGCAUCGAAGGUAGACGAGGUUGAGCACGCCAAGCUGAGUCUGGUUAAGAUUCAGCAGGAGCUGCCUUUCCUCCAGGACCAGGUGUCUUCACUGGAGUCCAACCUGAAGAUCCAGAAAAGUUUGGGUGUUAAACUACAGGCCAAGUAUGACAACAUUGUCAAUACUAAAGAGGAUCUUGUGGAGAAGCUUUCUGAGGCAGAAAAGAGAGGGGAAAGUCUUCAGGGUGAAGUCAAUAGCCUCUCAGAGCAGGCGAAGACUGUUGGCUCUCUACAGGAGCGCUGUGAUACUCUGACGGCUGCGGCACAGGAGUCCAUAAGCGCUCUGCAGAACAUGACCGAGACCCUGACCCAGACUGAAACAGAGCUGCACAUACUGAGAGACGUGGUUGAAAAACUAGAGGCUCAGGUGUACGAAGCUGAGACCAAAGCCUCAGGUCUUGAGAGGGAAAAGGCAGAGAUGGCAGAGAAAGUAGAGAAAAUCCAGAGGGAAGCUGAAGAGGUUUCUGUGAAGUAUCAAAGCCUUCAGGACUCCCAGGAAGAGGAGAGGAAUGGUUUGCUGAAGCAGAUCUCUACAUUGAAGGACAUACUCACUGAGAAUAAUGCUGCUUCCGCCCAGCUGUCUUCUGACCUGAAUAACUCCCUGGAAGCUCUGCAGAAGACACACUCGGCUGCCGUGGAGCUCAACUCCAACCUGGAGAGCAGCCUAGUGGAGAAAACAAACCUAAUCUCUUCUCAGGAGAUGCAAGUCAAAGAGCUCUCAGAGAGACUCCAUAAGGAAGCCGAGAUCCAUGUCACAGAGCUGGAGACUUACCUCCAGAAACAAAGAGGCCUGAAGGAGCAGCUUGAGAUUGUAAAGAGCCAGCUGGAGAGUAAAAGCCAGGAGGGAGCCGAGGCUAAGGAGAAGUGGGAGAGGGCCUCACUAGAGCUGUCUAAGCUGAGAGAAGAUUUGUCUUCUGCCAGAAACAGUGUCGAUGAGAAAGGCCGUAAGAUCAAGAGUCUGAAAGAGAGGUUGAACCAGGCUGAGUCUGAACAAGACAAAGCUACCGACGCCCUGAAAGAGAAGGUCAUCAGCAUGAACAAGAUCAAGGUCCAGCUGGAGAUGCUUCAGAUGGACCUGGAGGACAACGAGGCCUGCAUGAACACCUUUGACACCCAGAUAGAGGAGCUUAAAGGAACUGUGGAGGAACUCAGAGGCACCGUGGCCUCUCUGAAUGGGAGACUGGAGGAGAGUGUGACGCAAAGGUCCACCUUGGAGACCGAGCUGGGCUCUGUCAAAGAGCAGCUGUCAGAGAAGAGCUGUGAAGUCACCCAGGUGACAGCAACUCUUGAAGACACUCGCCAGCAGAUGCAGGCUGCCUUGUCCACAGCAGGUUUAGUGGAAUCACUCCAGACCACUGUUGAUGGGCUGAUGGAGACCCUGGAGGAGGAGGUUAGAAAACAUGGCCAACUGGAGAUGGACAUCAUUCAGCUCACUGAGGAGAAGGAGCAGUUGGCUGUGGAGAAGGAGCAGUUGGCCGUGGAGAAGGAGCAGUUGGCCGUGGAGAAGGAGCAGUUGGCCGUGGAGAAGGAGCAGUUGACCGUGGAGAAGGAGCAGUUGACCGUGGAGAAGGAGCAGUUGACCGUGGAGAAGGAGCAGUUGACCGUGGAGAAGGAGCAGUUGACCGUGGAGAAGGAGCAGUUGACCGUGGAGAAGGAGCAGUUGACCGUGGAGAAGGAGCAGUUGACCGUGGAGAAGGAGCAGUUGACCGUGGAGAAGGAGCAGUUGACCGUGGAGAAGGAGCAGUUGACUGUGGAGAAGGAGCAGUUGACCGUGGAGAAGGAGCAGUUGACCGUGGAGAAGGAGCAGUUGACCGUGGAGAAGGAGCAGUUGACCGUGGAGAAGGAGCAGUUGACCGUGGAGAAGGAGCAGUUGACCGUGGAGAAGGAGCAGUUGACCGUGGAGAAGGAGCAGUUGACCGUGGAGAAGGAGCAGUUGACCGUGGAGAAGGAGCAGUUGACCGUGGAGAAGGAGCAGUUGACCGUGGAGAAGGAGCAGUUGACCGUGGAGAAGGAGCAGUUGACCGUGGAGAAGGAGCAGUUGACCGUGGAGAAGGAGCAGUUGACCGUGGAGAAGGAGCAGUUGACCGUGGAGAAGGAGCAGUUGACCGUGGAGAAGGAGCAGUUGACCGUGGAGAAGGAGCAGUUGACCGUGGAGAAGGAGCAGUUGACCGUGGAGAAGGAGCAGUUGACCGUGGAGAAGGAGCAGUUGACCGUGGAGAAGGAGCAGUUGACCGUGGAGAAGGAGCAGUUGACCGUGGAGAAGGAGCAGUUGACCGUGGAGAAGGAGCAGUUGACCGUGGAGAAGGAGCAGUUGACCGUGGAGAAGGAGCAGUUGACCGUGGAGAAGGAGCAGUUGACUGUGGAGAAGGAGCAGUUGACUGUGGAGAAGGAGCAGUUGACUGUGGAGAAGGAGCAGUUGACUGUGGAGAAGGAGCAGUUGACUGUGGAGAAGGAGCAGUUGACUGUGGAGAAGGAGCAGUUGACUGUGGAGAAGGAGCAGUUGACUGUGGAGAAGGAGCAGUUGACCGUGGAGAAGGAGCAGUUGACCGUGGAGAAGGAGCAACUUGAGGCUGACUUGCAGAGGCACAGUCUGAACGCUGGGGAUGAGAGAGACGCGGUCAAACAGGAGAACGAGUGUCUCCAGCGUACGCUACAGAGCCUGACGGAGAACUACGAGGCUGUUCAGUCUGCGUUUGAGAGAGCGACCCGGCAGAGCGAGGACGAAACCAGAGAGAGGAUCGGAACGUUUGAGAGGGAACAAACCGAGCUCCAGCAGAGACUGAGCGGACUGCAGGGUGAACUAGCCCUGUUCAAGGAGCACUAUGACAGCCUGAUGACUCAGGCAAGCCAGCAGCAGUCUCUCAUAGAGCAGCUUCAGACCAAGAGAGACCAGAAGGUCUCUACAGGAGAGGCGGACGGACCGACUUCCAGACAGACGUCAGGCUCCUUCUUCAACGUUAGCUUACCCUUAAAAGAAGAUCCUGAGGAGAUGAAACCCACAGCUGAGCAAUCAGAUGACCUCCACAACUCUGAGGUACCUCAACAGACAGGAAGUGACGGCAACAAUGAGCCAGCUGAAGAGUUCAGUGACUGCAUGGAUAAAGUCCCUGUAGAGCAGCAAAAAGCGCUCAGUAAAAGCCUAGAUGAUGAUGAUGUGACCCUCGGCGGUGAACAUCUAGCAGUCUCUGAAGCUCCUCGUGAUCAGGACCAGUUGGCCCAGAGCAGGGAGGUGGUCAGAAAGCUAGAGGAGGAGCUACAGACCCUCCACUCCCAGCUUGACCUCGCUACCUCUGAGAUGACCCUCAGGAAGGAGCUGUGCUCUGAGCUGGAGGUCAAAGUUGAAGAGUUAGAGGUGAAGGUCCAACAGAUGGAGAAAGAGAUGUGUGGUGCCGCGGAGAAGAUUAGCGCUGCCGUAGUGGAGAGACGAACGCUAGGUGACCAGAUCUCAGAGUUGACAGAGGAGGCAGAGUCCCUGAGACUGGCGCUGCAGACCUCUAAAUGUCAGCUCUCUGAUGUCAUGGAGAUGCUAGAGACGCUGGAGAUGGCCAAAGGUGGUUGGAGCGAGAGGUUCUUCCAGGUGGAAAGCGAACUGAAGAGGGUUCGUUCUGAGAAGGCCAAUCUGGAGAAACACAUCCUCUCCAUGGAGGCUGAUUUAGAGUGCCUGACCGAGCAGAAAGUCACGCUGGAGAGGGAGAUGGAGGCUAGCCGCAAAGCUAAAUGUGACCUGGCCCAGCAGCUGGCCACCCUCACCUCAGAGAACGGACAACUCAGACAGGAGAUGGUGUCCUGCAGCGAGGAUAGGAAUGAGCUGGAACAGUCAGUGGCACAGUGGAAGGAUAAGGCAGAGAGUCUGGAGAAGACAAACGUGGAUACUAGAGAGGUUAUUAAGAUCUUAGAGGAAGAUAUCAGAAAUGGGAAGAGGGAAUCUGAUGUGACGUCUGCUAACCUGGAGAGUCUGCAGAUGGAGAGAGGUCAGCUGGUGCUGCAGUGUCAGGCGCUAGAGAAGACCAUCACCCUGCAGAGCGGGGAGAAGGACAACCUGAUUAACCAACUGAACAGCUUCAAAGAUAACCAGAGCUCUGCGAGCAAAAACACUGAGUCCAUGGCCUCUAAGAUUCAGUCUCUGGAAGGGGAGAUAUCUAGACUAGCCCAGUCUCUGGAGUCUUCUCUGCUAGAGAAAGGAGAGAUAGCCUCACGCCUCAACUCAACCCAGGAGGAGGUGGCCCAAAUGAGGUCGGGCAUCGAGAGGCUCCGGGUCCGCAUAGAGUCCGACGAGAGACAGAAAAAACACAUGAGCGAACUGCUGAAGGCUGCCCAGAGGAAAGCAGAUGCUCUUCAGGACCAGCUAGACAAACAGGAGAGGGAGAGGGAAGACGCUGACCAAAACCUAGAGGAGGCUGUGCUUCAGGCCGAGACGGCCACGGUCCAACUUGAAGAGUUGGAGGAAGAGAAGAAGGAACUGGCCAGUAAGAUUGAGGAGAUGACUGCCGAACUGGACAGCCUGAGAAAUGAGAAGGAGAGGCUUGAGGAAUUGCUCUCUCUGAAGAACGCAGAGAUUGAGGAGAUGAAGGCAGCAAACCGAGCUGCCACUGAGGAACUGGAGAAAGGGAUGAGAGAGGCGGAGGACAAACAGAGGGCAAUGGUGGAAGAGUUACAGGCCCAGCUUGACUCUGUGAGCUCUGAGCUGCAGAAAUGCAGAGAAGGCCUGGAGGGAGAGAAGGAGAGAAUGCGGUCUCUAACGGAGGAAUGGGAGAAAGAGCGGGAGAGGCUGAAGAAAGAGGUGGAUCGACUGCAGGCUUUGGAGAUCGAGCGGGAGAAGAAGAGAGAGAUGCUGACUCUGAGACUGCAGGAGGACCUGGAGGCACAGCAGAGAGAGAUGGGGGACAUCCGAGAGAACAACAACACCCUGCAGCAAGAGAUGGAGAAGCUGCAGGCACUACUGUCGGAGCGGGAGCAGAAAGAACAGGCUCAGUCUGCAGAGAGACUAAAACUACAGCAGCAGUCAGAAAGCUACAAGUUAUCCCUGGAGGAGGUUACCUCAGAGAAGGAGGUGCUGAAGGCACAGCAGGAGGAGGAGGUUGCAGCCCUUAGGGGUGAGCUGACCUCGGAGCAGGAGGUGCUGAGGGGACAGUUGGCUGCAGCGGAGGAGGAGGUCAGAGGUCAUCUGUCAGAGUUGAGCAGUCUGAGAACCAGAAUGGAGGAGCUCAGCACUACCAUCACACAGCAGGACAGCAGCAAACAGGUAUCGGAGCUGAGCUCCAGAGUGGCCCGUCUGUCUAAGGAGAGGGACUCAGCCCUCGGUAAGGUUAACAUGUGGAUGAACUCCUGUAAACAGCUGGAGAAGGAGAGGGAGGCUCUUGUACUGGAGACCCAGAAACUACAGGCCAGCCAGACACCAGCUGGUGAAGAGAGGAGUGAUGAGGUACAGAAGAGGAGCUCUGAGGAGGUGCAGGCUGAACUCAAAGAGUUGAAGAAAGCUCUAGAGGAGAGGAGUGAGGAGGUGCAGGAGCUCAGCAAGACUCUAGCAGAGAGAAGCAGGGAGUUGGAGGCGCAGAAGAGGAGCAGUGAGUCUGAACUGGAGGAGCUUACUGAAGCCUUGGAGGAGAGGAGCAGGGAGGUGGACGAGAGCAUGGAUAAAUACUGCAGCCUGAUGGUCCGUGUCCACAAGCUGGAGGAGACCAACGACACGCUGGAAACACGCCUGGAGCGCCUUGUCACGCAGACCACUAGCAGCACGGCUAACAACGCUAGCAACACGGCUAACAAUGCUAGCAAUAAAACACCCAGGCGAAAGUCAGGCAGGAGGUCAGCCUCCAGGGCACAGGAAGCACUCAUACCGUUGGGUCCCGCAGAGACAGACUCUGAGAACACGGUGCCUGCUGGUCAGGGUCAGGGGUCGUUGGGGAAGAGGGGUUGUGGUGUUCUAGCAGCUAGUGACAACAGCAACACUCCAUUUAAAGCCCAGGAGGCCCUGCUGAACACUGCCAAGAGGAUCAAAGCAACAGCAACCACGCCCAAACCAGGAAGUAGACAGGAAGAGGAGGAGUUUAGGCCAGAGGGACUUCCUGAGCUGGUGCAGAGAGGGUUUGCUGAUAUCCCUCUAGGAGAGGCCAGUCCCUUCAUCAUGAGGAGAACCGCAGUGCAGCGCUGUAGCCCUCGUCUGGCCGCCGCACGACACAAUGCCACCACCCCAACUGUAACCCCCCAACACAAGGUGCUGGAGCCCCUGUCCCUUCAGAGCCCUGUCGGCAUGGCAACUCUGUCUGACAGCCCUGGUGGGAAAGGCCUGUGUGUUAGUCCUGCCUCCAGUGGCGAGGAGAGGCGUGGCCGUCGGUCCCUGAGCACACGGAAGACUCCGGAACAGAGGGAGAAACGCAAAGAGGCCAUGAUGACUGCAUCACGCCAAGAGGAGAACUGCCAAGUGCAGUAACAUAGCAACUAACUAACCUGUACAAAGCCAGUAACACCCCAGCCCAAACCAAUGUGAUGACAGAAUACUGGUGUCAGAAUGUCUGUAAACUGCAUUACUAAUGUAAUUCAUCUGUCUGCUGUCUGUGGUACAGGUGAAAUGCGAUUCUCCAAUGUAAGCUGUAGAUAUUAAAUGUUUCUGUGUUUUUCCUCUGAACCUGUUUUAUACUUUCUAUUCCUCCUGAUUUACUACUACUGUUAAUAGCACAAAAAUAAACUUUUUGUUUUGUUUUAAUCUGUUAUUAGGGCUGUUUUUCCAGACCCAAGUGAAUCCUACUGGACUAGAAAGCAUGCUCGAUGGAGAAUCUCCAUGCCAUUGGAACUUAAUGUGUGUCUGUAGAAACUAUCCCAUAAAGUCGUAUAAGAUAAAACUCCAAUACCUAGUUCUGUAGCGUUACGGCUCUUUUCUGUGUCAAUAACGAAUAAUUCCACUUCACUCCAGCUCGUUGGUUGUUCAUAAUGAUAUAACUGCUGUUUUACUAAACAUUGUGAUCACA